ACCGCGGUGAGCCGCUCCAGCUCAGACGGACACGCCACAGCUACAAAUGCCAGAGGUGCAGGGGCGCAACAUCUUCAAAACUUGUAGCACGUUUAUUUUGAACGUGUAGGGCGCCUCCCAGAACGCUGUGUUCAGGGCAGACACGUUAAGGCCUUCUCUGGGAUCCACCGCAGGCGCUCCAGAUGGCUGCUGCACUGAGCAGAGCCGGGUGUGCAGCGCAGCCUUUGCUGGCGGCCAGAUGCAGGAGUGAGACGCAGAUAGGAGUGGAUGCUAUGUCCUUAUCAGCUGCGCGUCCUUUCCCAAAGUGCGCCAGAUCUAGCAGGCCUAGGCACUCGGCACUGAGCUCCAGCAAGGCGCAGUUUACUGCGGCGUGGGGCCUGCCAGCUCUGCCUCUGAGGAGAAAUAACAGCAGCCGGGGGGUGGGCGCCAGGUGCGCGGUGUCGGCGGACCGGCCAGCAUCCAAGCCUCGGUUUAUUCAGCACAAGCAGGAGGCAUUCUGGUUUUACCGAUUCUUGUCUAUAGUGUACGAUCAUGUCAUCAACCCAGGCCAUUGGACGGAGGACAUGAGGGAGGACGCGCUGGAGGUUGCAGAUCUGAAUGAUCCGAACCUGAAGGUGGUCGAUGUGGGAGCGGGAACAGGCUUCUGCACGCAGGGUGUAGUAAGGACGAUCCCUGGCAAGAAUGUGACCAUGAUCGAUCAAUCCCCCCACCAGCUGGCCAAGGCACGGAAGAAGCCUGAGCUCCAGGACGUCACCAUCUUGGAAGGGGACGCAGAGGACCUGCCUUUUGCCACCGACACCUUUGACCGCUACGUCUCUGCCGGAAGCAUUGAGUACUGGCCAGACCCGCAGCGUGGCAUCGUCGAAGCAUACCGCGUCAUCAAGCCCGGCGCCAAGGCCUGCCUGAUCGGGCCUGUCCAUCCGACCCACCCCAUCUCCCGCUUCUUCGCCGAUCAGUGGAUGCUCUUCCCCACUGAGGCUGAGUACAUGGAGUGGUUCACAAAGGCCGGUUUUGAGGACGUGCAGAUCAAGCGGAUUGGGCCCAGCUGGUACCGGGGGGUGCGGCGGCACGGGCUGAUCAUGGGUUGCUCGGUGACGGGGGUGAAGUCGAACCCUGGGGAGUCGCCGCUGAACCUCGGGCCCAAGGCAGAGGAUGUGGCAGGGCCCUUUAACCCGUUCAGCUUUUUGUCGCGGCUCAUUUUGGGAUCUCUUGCGGGGGCCUACUAUGUCAUCAUCCCCAUCUACAUGUGGUUGAAAAACCUGAUCUUCCCCAAGAGUUGGGCGAUAUAGGGGGGUAGAAGUAGGUAGGUCUAGAUAGCACUGAGGUUAAGCAACGUGUCUGCCGGGGGGCUGGCAAUCUUAUGAGCCAGGUCCUAGUGCGUGCUGCAGUUUUGCAAGAGGAACAUGCUGCUGAUACAAUGAGUUACUUUGACAAGGACUCUGGCUGUGCGUCUGUUCGUAUUGGUCGUAAAACAUGUUGAAAAGGUUUGACAACUAGGGACUCGACGGAACGAGCAGUUGAAGGAAGCUUUAGGUUGAGCUGCUUGUGCAGCUUGCAAUCAGGUGAUUGCAUUCCAAAGAUGAUCACGUUUUGCAAGCACUAUUGCAAUGUUCCUAUGACCUGGUCCUUUUGCCGCGUCAAGCUUACUGCCAAGUUCGUC